AUGUCAUUUGUCACUCCCUGCCAUGAAGCUAGUGACAUUCCCAGCAUGCAGUAAUUUGUCCCUCUGGAUCAGCUAGAGUCUCUGGAGAAAGACACCAUCAUUGAUAUUAUUGGUGUGUGCAAGGAUGCUAUGGAAGUAGCCUCUAUUACAUCAAAGGCCUCUGGCAAAGAAUUAAGGAAGAGAGAUGUGCAGGUAGUUGAUGAUACAAUAGAGAGGUAAGUACGUCUUACCCUUUGGGGACGUCAAGCAGAAAACUUUGAUGGAACACAGCAACCUGUGUUGGCUGUGAAGGGUGCAAAAUUGUCAGAUUUCAAUGGACGUUCUUUGUCUUUGCUGUCCUCAUCAACACUACAGAUCAACCCAGAUAUCCGUGAGGCCCACAAAUUGAAGGGGUGGUUUGAUAAUGGAGGCAACACAGCAGAGACAGUCAACCUUUCCAAUCAGCGUGGUGGUGGUUCAGCAGGUAUGGGCUCCAACUUCAAGACAUUUGGUGAGGCCAAGCUGGAGAACUUGGGUAGUGGAGAUCAAGCUGAUUAUUACACCACAAAGGCUUCUGUUGUGUUGAUACGCAAGGAGAACUGUCUUUAUUCAGCUUGUCCCUCAGAUGGUUGCAACAAGAAGGUGGUCGACAUGAACAAUGGUCUUUACAGAUGUGAGAAGUGUAACCGCGAAUAUGAUAGCUUCAACUGGCGAUUGAUGUUGUCUGCCAACCUUGCUGAUAUAUCAGACAAUCAAUGGGUAACAGUUUUCCAAGAUCAGGCUGAGAUGCUCCUUGGAACCACCAGCUCAGAACUAGGCUUCAUGCGAGAGAAUAACCCAGACAACUUCCAAAACAUCUUCACAGACGCAGCUUUCAAGAACUUUUCCUUCAAGCUUCGUGUCAAAAUGGAGACUUACAAUGAUGAGAGCAGAUUGAAGACGACAGUAGUAGCCUGCAGCCCCCUUGAACCAAGAGAGUACAACCGUCGCCUUAUCUCAGAAAUUAAACAGAUGUCAGGACAGGCCUAAUUUUCGUUUUCUCGACUUCAAAACAUUUUAAGUGUUUAUUUUGAGAAGGAAUAAAUAAUGAAACCUGACUUCUAUGAGUUCUAAGAUAUCUUUUUUGUGGAAGAGAAGUAUUAAAUAUGUUAAAAAGAAGUUAUGUACCUAGUAUUUCCUGUGUUACUCUUGGUACUUAGCUUAACAGAA